UGUAAGAAGAAGUGAAGAGAACGGAGUGCAGCUACAUGGCGGUAACAGAGCACAUUGCGAUUGCUAAGACGUUGUGAGUAAGUGUGUUGUUAAAAUCUUGGCACAAUCACUGCCUUGGUCUUCUUGAGUCAACUGUAGCCUCAAAGAGAGGCAAAGCUCUGAACAUGGAAAAUGGUCAAGGCACAGGCUCCAAGCUGGGUCUGCCACCCCUCACUCCAGAGCAGCAGGAAGCACUGCAGAGGGCAAAGAAAUAUGCCAUGGAGCAGAGCAUUAAAAGUGUCCUGGUGAAACAGACCAUAGCUCAUCAGCAGCAGCAGCUAACUAACCUGCAGAUGGCAGCAGUGACUAUGGGCUUUGGAGAUCCUCUCUCACCUUUACAUUCGGCGGCAGCGCAGAGGCAGCGAGCUUUGGCCAUCAUGUGCCGUGUCUAUGUGGGUUCCAUCUAUUAUGAACUUGGCGAGGACACCAUUCGACAAGCUUUUGCCCCAUUUGGCCCCAUUAAGAGCAUCGACAUGUCCUGGGACUCUGUCACAAUGAAGCACAAGGGCUUUGCUUUUGUGGAGUAUGAGCUUCCUGAGGCUGCUCAGCUGGCUCUGGAGCAGAUGAAUUCGGUUAUGCUGGGUGGUAGGAACAUUAAGGUGGGGCGGCCAGGUAACAUCGGACAGGCACAGCCCAUCAUCGAUCAGUUGGCAGAGGAGGCGCGUGCAUUCAAUCGUAUCUAUGUAGCCUCAGUGCAUCCAGACCUGUCCGACGACGACAUCAAAAGUGUGUUUGAAGCCUUUGGCAAGAUAAUGUCCUGUAUGCUGUCCAGAGAGCACACGACAGGAAAGCACAAGGGCUACUGCUUCAUUGAAUAUGAAAAGCCUCAGUCAGCGGUAGAUGCCGUGUCCUCCAUGAACCUGUUUGACUUGGGAGGCCAGUACCUCAGAGUGGGAAAGGCUGUGACACCUCCCAUGCCCCUACUUGCCCCAAUGACCCCUGGAGGUCUGCCACCUGCUGCCGCAGUAGCGGCUGCUGCUGCCACCGCUAAAAUCACAGCCCAGGAGGCUGUAGCAGGAGCAUCUGUGCUGGGCUCCCUGACAUCACCUGUUCAUCUCCUCAGCCAGCAGAUGGGGCUCCCCCACGCUGUACUGGCAGCCCAGGCCCCAGGUUUAAUCACAGGUGUCACGCCUGUUCGCUCCACUCUGCCCAUGGUGCCGCAAGUUGGCCUCGUAAACCCAGUGCUGUCCUCACCACCCAUCACGUCUAAUGCUACACCCACAGGGACCCCAACAAGCACGACGCAGCGGCAGCAGCCCAGUGAGAUUAAAAAGGAGGUAGAGGACAAACAGCACGAGAACCAGACUAAGCUCGGGGAUGAGCUUGAGCAGCUCAGCAGCAGUGAAGGCAAACCCACAGCCACACAGUCUGGGUCCACUGUAAUGGUGUUGCGCAACAUGGUCGGCCCCGAAGACAUAGACGAUGACCUGGAGGGGGAGGUGACUGAGGAAUGCGGAAAAUAUGGUGGCGUAAACCGAGUCAUCAUUUACCAGGAGCGACAGGGUGAGGAAGAGGAUGCUCAGAUCAUUGUUAAGAUCUUCGUGGAGUUCUCCAGCGCUGAGGAAAUGAAUAAGGCCAUCCAGGCUCUAAACAACCGGUGGUUUGCAGGUCGCAAGGUCGUGGCUGAGGUGUACGAUCAGGAGCGUUUCAAUAGGAGUGACCUUACCGCCUAAGACUGACCAACCCUCUCUUCCCGCUUGAACUCAUUCAGCCAUCAUUAAUGCUGCUCGAGUUCUGGGCCUCUUUUAAACUUGUAAUUAUUUUUUUUAUCGUGGUAAAUAAUAUUGGGGAUGAUCCUAUUGCUGGGAUUUGGCUUAGGAAAUAUGUGCACCUCAUGAUUGUUUUUGGUCAUCACCUACUGUGAAAGGUUUCUCUUUCUUUCUUUUUUACCUUUAAUGGCUAAUUUGUUAAUUUGGCUCAUGCUGCACUUGUUAUUUACUGGCCCGACCCAAAUAUUUUUUAAAGAAACAUUUUUCAUCUAACAUUAUGUUAGUAUCAUUAAUGUUGUAUUGGAGUUAUUAGUUCUGAAUUCAUCAACACAAUAAAUUCUUUAAAUCUG